AAAAAGGUCCAUGGGCUAAAUGUAACCCCGCGGGCUCUAGGACCCGUGCGCGCGCGCGCUGCUCCAGUCCUCCAUGGCUUUGUAUGUUUACAGUGAGAACUGUAUGGCAGGAAUUUUCUAACAUCAAAUAUUUAAACAUCAUUUGCAUCGACACAAAAGUCCCAAUGGAGACAGAGAUCCUGUGACACAGUUAUUUGGAUGGAGUCCUCGCGGAGCACAGGGGGUCACUCCCGCGAGUACAAAUUGGUGAUGUUAGGAGAGGGGGGUGUGGGCAAAAGUGCCAUCAUCAUGCAGUUUAUAAGUCACAGAUUUCCAGAGGAUCAUGACCCUACUAUCGAGGAUGCCUAUAAAACACAGAUCCGCAUUGACGAUGAGCCAGCGAACCUGGACAUCUUGGACACAGCAGGACAGGCGGAGUUCACAGCCAUGCGUGAUCAGUACAUGCGAGCGGGUGAAGGUUUCAUCAUCUCAUACUCCAUCACGGACCGCCGCAGUUUCCAGGAGGCUCGCCACUUCAAGCAGCUGAUCUACCGCGUGCGGCGCACCGUCGACACCCCCGUGGUGCUGGUGGGAAACAAGUCUGACCUGGUCCAUCUCAGACAGGUGUCUGUAGAGGAGGGCAAACAGCUGGCGAGGGAGUUCCAGUGCCCGUUUUUCGAGACCUCGGCGGCGUUCCGCUAUUACAUCGACGAGGUGUUCGCUGCACUGGUGCGUCAGAUCCGCCAGCGCGAGGCCGAGAUGGUGCGGGGCAGCGAGAGGAAAACCAGACGCAGCCAUUCCUUCUGGAGCCGCCUUAAAGCCCCCUUCCAUAAGAAACAGCAGUCCGAGCACUGAGAGAGGUGCAUGAUGGGAUACCGCGGCCUUCUCACCUGCAGCUGUAUUAGUCCCAUCUCCCUCAGAUGGUUUGAGAACUGCAUUUAUCAUUUCUGUCUGAUUGUCUCCCAAUCAUUUCGGUUAGACUACACCCUCACUGUGCAGGACACACUCACUGUCGUCAUUCGGGACGUGGGCUGAUUUACUGAUGUUAGAGAUUAUGAAAGAAAUAUUAAACUUGACAGUAGUUAUUGUGUUUCCUUUUUGGACAGCAUUAUACUUUGUAAAGGGGGAAUGUUGUACCUCAUAUUUUAAUGGAUGGGAAUGUAAGAAACGGGUCGUGGAAGGAUUUGCUACAUGUGUUUUCUGAAAAGGUCACGUCGGAGAUUUGCUUGUUGGAAAAAAAAAUGAAGGCCGAAGGAGUUUAAGAGAGCAUGUGGUGCAGAGAAGAGAGAAAGAAAAGAAAGAAAUUUGUUGCAGGGUGGGUAAGUGGGCAAGGGUUUAUGGUAGAAAUAUUGAUCUGCCGGUAUAAUGAGUACUGUAACCCAAUUUGUUAGACACAUUUUGUAGAUGCUUUAGCUUCUUCUCAAAAACUGAGUGAAUAACAUGUCCAGGUCACAUUUCACCCCCCUUUUAUUUUUUUUUAAAUAAAUAAUUAAUAAGAUGGGAUGCACUGCAAAAUAUUUUCAUUAUAACUGGAAGCACAUUUCCCCCUCAAAUUCUCUUAAACAUAAUGGAAUGUUUUACUUUUGAGUUUUUAUUAUUCACACAUUUUCAUUAGAUUAUCGUAACUGUAAUACAGUAAUGUUUUUUACCUUUUAAAUAAUGUAUUUUUCAUUAAACGGUAAUGAGAUUUUUUUAUGGUAAUGCAAAUUUAACAGUGGGGUUGCUUUAUUGUCGUGAAAAUAAUGCAAAAAAAAAAAAAAAAAACUAAAAAUGCACUCUUCUUAAAUCAAAAUAGAAUUUAUUAUAUAAUAAAUAGACUUUUUUAUAUUCUGACCUGAAAUAUGACUUGGACAAGUGAGAUUGAAUCAAUUAGGAUGUGUUUGAUGGAAACUGAGCUGUAUGAACUAGUUGCAAAAUACACUGUAUGAAUGAUUUUUAUUUUUAUUUUUUAAUUUUGCUGAGCAAUAUUCAGGUCCACCUUUAAGCACAUUAACAGACUGACCAACUUGAUUAUGAUGGAAAUCAAAAUAGUUUUCUUUUUACACAGGGUCAUUUUUAUUCCAGUGCUUUCUGUAGUCAGUGUGCAGGAAGUGAAAGACCUAAAAGUGGCUUACGAUGUGGAUUUCCUCUCUUACACAUGCUGUGCACUUACUAUGCAUCCACUUUGAAUAGUAUGUCUGUUCAUUUUGGCCUUUCGUGCAAAUUCAUGGCAUUGUUUUUCUUGUGAUUAUUAGAUUUUUUUUUUUUUUAAGCAGAAUGGGUUUACUAUAUUUUCCUUUAUUUAUUGUGAUCAGAGAUUCUCAAAUAAAAUUCACUUGACCAAUCUA